AUGGGAUCGGCGGUCAGUGUUGGUAAAAGCUCGGACGCCCGCGGAAAAUCCCUUGUAACUCAGCUGAGACAGGAAAAUGUUCGUUUACAGGCGAGAGUCGACAGGCUGUGCUCGGAAGGAAAGCGACUGAACGAAGAAAUCAGCACAAUGCUCAAGGAAAGAGAAAAAGAGGAAGAAGAUCUCAGAAUAAAAUGUGAACGCUUUAUCCACCAUUCGCCGACAAAUGGUAUGUGAAAAGAUUUUGUAUCGCUGUUAACUGAUUGAAGAGACGAAUUCCAAGUAA